CCAUUAUAACUCGGACCAGCAAACCCGCCUGUCUGCCUACACCGUUUAGAACCUUUGUAUCACCCUUCGUUCCGCCAAGGUGGCCUCCAAUACGUCGCAUCCUCGCCAUUCGAUAGAGAGCUGGGAUCGAGAGCCCAGCCUAGAUGUCCAGGAAGACGGUACCGAAAUGUCAAGAAUACAACCACGUUUCCACCGAUCACCAGAAGGGCAGAUGGAAGAACCCCUGUUGAGAGACGACAGCGAUCGACAUGGUCGCCUGUCCGGUAGGCGGGAUUCGAUAGGGAAUACCGAAGCUCGGCCCAUGCUACACCAUUCCACACGACCCACGAUCAGGAGUAGAAGCCCAGAAUACACGGCCGAUAAUGCGACACGCCAGAAAUAUAUCAUUGCAUCAGGGUUCUUGCUGCUGAGCUUGGUGAGCUUUGUCGUCCAGACAGAGACCGCAGUCUAUAUCCAGCAUGAGUUACAUUGGGAUAAACCGUACUGCAUGUUGUAUUUUACUCACGGGUCAUGGGCCCUGCUCUGGCCUUUCCAACUUCUCAUCUUGCGAAUUCAGAAACGAAAACUUUCUUGGGACGCCUUCUGGCGGCGCCAUGUUUAUCUCCUCAGGUCCACGGCGCAGAUGGUCCAAACCCAAGACCUGCACUUGGCCUCUCGCGGUGGGCACCACCGAUCGCCCGUUCCGUAUAUGCUCAAGAUGACUGCGUUUGUCACCACUGCCCUGACAAUCGCUGGCAGCUCGUGGUAUGUGGCCGUGAACAUGACAACACCCAGCGACUUAACUGCGAUCUAUAACUGUUCAGCCUUCUUUGCAUACGCUUUCUCUAUCCCUCUGUUGAAUGAUAAACUGCGCUUUGACAAGGUAUUUUCAGUCGUCGUUGCAAUCAUCGGCGUUCUUAUCGUGGCGUACGGCGAUAAAGAAGAUAGUUCGGCGGAUGGCGGCGCAAGCGGCGGCGGCAAAGUCAAGCAUGAGGCCCAGAAUAGGCUCAUGGGUAAUAUCCUCGUUGGCAUCGGAAGUGUCUUGUACGGUCUGUACGAGGUGUUGUACAAACGACUCGCCUGUCCUCCCGAGGGCACGAGUCCAGGUCGGAGUAUGAUCUUUGCGAACACCUUCGGCAGCCUGGUCGGGUGUUUCACGCUACUCGUGCUUUGGAUCCCCUUGCCUAUCCUGCACUUUCUCGGGAUAGAAACUUUCCGCUGGCCUACGGGUGAAGCUGCACGGAUGUUAAUGAUCUCCGUCCUCGCAAAUGCUACAUUUUCCGGCUCCUUCCUAGUCCUCAUCUCUCUGACUUCGCCCGUCCUCUCAUCCGUGGCUGCCUUGCUCACCAUCUUCAUCGUCGCCAUCGUGGACUGGAUGCGCACCGGCCAGCCCCUGUCUAGCGCAGCCAUCAUCGGCGGCAUCUUAAUUAUUGUUGCCUUCUUCCUGCUGAGCUGGAGCACUUAUCGGGAGAUGAGCGAGGAACAAAAGAAGCACCACGCCCAGGAUGAAACAGAGUCGGAAAUGGACGACUAGUCAGUUAGACUGCUCUACUCUCUCCGAUAUUUUUCCUCUUUUCUUCUCUUUUUUUUUUUCUUCUUGGAUAACCUUUUUAUUCUCUUCCUUUUACCUCGUGCUAUAUUUACUCGGAUAGAUUUCUUUUUAUAACUUGUUCUAGGCAAGUUCGGUUGGUGGUUAUCUUGCUGUUUCGACUAGAAUAGUAUACCCGAUGGGAUAGUCUGAAUUCUACACACAAGAUGCAUUUGCAUUCAAUAAGAACAGGAUCGCUUCUAUACUAGCUAGCUAC